AAAGAAGCCGUGUUCCAAUCGUCAGGCUCCCUUGGCCUAGUCCGUCAACCCCUUCUGCCCAUUAUCCAUAGAUUCGAGCCAUUCGACAAGCGUGCUAUUGCAAGCUCAAAUCAGCACAUUUUUCUCACAUAACCACAGACCGUCAACAGAAAUGGAGAGCACAGGUGCUCUGAUCAACAAUCUACACCUGAAAAAUAACCCCUUUUGCUUCAAAUGCUUACAUUCGUCCCCAGUCCCUAAAACAUCUUCGCAAAUCAACACUAGAAAACCCAAACCAGCGAGCUUCUCGAAUAAAACGAAUUCUAAGCAAUUUGCAAGGAUUGUUUGCUCAGCGGUUGAAGAUGCCACCGAGAAGCAGCAAGAAUUGAGUAGAGGCAGUCUGAAUGGAGCUGACUUAGCAGUUGAAGAUAGAAAGGUUUUGGAGUGGAAUUGUUGUAAAGGCUACGGCUUCAUGUCUUUUUGCUUGUGGCGCAUUAUUUCUUCAUCAUGGUGUCUCGAGGUAGUUUUUUUAACAGUUUAGUUAUAUAUAAGUUGGUUUGUGACUUUUGUGAAUAACUAGCGCCAUAGGUGCGAAUUUCAUAAUUGGAUAGGCUAUAUUGCA